AACAUAUUUAUUGGUUGAGCAAUAUUAUGGCGAAUAAUAUUGGUGUGUUGAUGAUGGUCUUCUUAUUAUGCCUAUUGAAUGUAAUAACCCAUCUUCCAAAUCUCACAAACGCAUCAUCGUCGUGCAAAUCCAAAGGGCUUCAUUCCCCCCCAUAUAAUCCCUCUGGAACGCAUGCCAUUCUCACUCUCAACAACUUCGCUCGCGGCGGGGAUGGAGGCGGCCCCGCCGAGUGCGACGGUAAGUUCCAUCCGCUGCCACAAAGAGUGGUGGCACUCUCCACCGGAUGGUACAACAAAGGCGCACGAUGCGGGAAAAUGAUAAGAAUCAAAGCUAGAAAUGGAAGAAGCACGUUGGCUAAGGUGGUGGACGAGUGUGACUCUGUGCAUGGCUGUGCAUGCAAGACCAACGUUGUUGAUGCGUCCAAAACCGUGUGGAAGGAUUUGGGACUCAACACAAAUGAUGGUGAAGUACCAGUGACUUGGACCAUGGUAUAAUUAAACUCAUCAUCAGAACUAAAUAUAUAUAAUAAAUUGAAUAAGGACAUGCAUGUAUAUAUACAGCCAGGAUUCCCCCCUCCUUGAAUAAGUCAUGAUGUUUGUACUUAUUAGUCUUUGGAUGAAUGCAGCGGUAUAAAUUCAUCCUAAUAUAAUCACGCAACAUUGUACGUCUUCAAUUAAUCUUGAAGAUCAUCAUAUAUGUUAA